CUUAGAGGGGUGCUGCGCGCCGUUUAAUUGCUAAAAAGACCAGAGCAAUAAUUAGCAGUGAGAUUAGGAGGUAUUACUGAGAUACUGAGUAUGCACACCGGCUUAUAACCACAAAACAGAAAACAAGACGCUUAUCGGCGAAGAAGAAUUGGGUGGGAGUUGGAGCUGUUCUGCGUUGGCUUUUUACCCCCAGUGUGGAGUUGAAGCCGUCCCUGUGCCUCGCAUAUACUCUGCAUAUCACAAGAUUUGGUCUCUCCUCUCUCUUUUCUGGAGCUGCUGUAGGACUGGCUAUGGCCACCACUACUUCCGGGAUCCGUCAUUUCAUUCGCCCACCGCUCAGCGCUGCGAACUGACUCUGUUUCUAUAAGCAAGCUAGCAGCCAACCUGCCAACACUCGCUGACACUCACUCAUCUCAGUCUCGCCAGAUAGACGAAAUACCUACGGGGGAAAGAAAGGAGAGAUCUGAAUCGCAAUCUCUUAAUUUCGACUGCUUUUUUCUUUUUUUCUUCUUUUUUUUUCACAGUGAUAAUAAAACAAGAUAGCGAUCUGGAGGCAUUAAAGGAGACGCGGACUUGCGGGAUGAAAACGGACUAAAAAGAUUCGUCCUUCUCUUGAACAUCAUCACCAACCGUCAUUCAUUCAUUACCUUGACAACCUCUGGCUUUGAUUGACAGCUGGAGUGGCAAAAAGCCAUGAGACACGACAGUUUAGUUACAUGCAGGUUGUUGAUGGGCCGAUUGUAACCUUCACUUUGGCGCAUUUUUUAUUUUUUUUCCAGGAAAGAGGGUAAACAAGAAAAAUUGCAAAACUCCCUGAUGCUACGCUUUCAACUGAACCACACUGGCGAAUAGGAGAGUUCGCAAAGUUGGUUGAAAAAGGAAUCUUGCCACUAAAUCACUUUCUAACCGGGACUGGGAUAUUAAAUAUACGACAGAUUCAGGAGUUUAUUGGAGCGCAGCCUGAUGGCGCAAAGGUACGAUGAGCUGGCCCAUUAUGGUGGGAUGGACGGAGUCCCGGCGUCGAUGUACGGGGACCCGCAUGCUCCCCGGCCGCUUCCCCAGGUCCACCACCUGAACCACGGACCGCCGCUGCACGCCAGCCAGCACUACGGAGCCCACGCUCCUCAUCCGAACGUUAUGCCCACCAGCAUGGGCUCCGCUGUCAACGACGCUUUAAAGAGGGAUAAAGAUCAAAUUUAUGGUCACCCUUUAUUUCCACUCCUCGCACUGGUUUUUGAGAAGUGCGAGUUGGCGACGUGUACUCCGAGGGAGCCCGGCGUAGCAGGCGGCGAUGUCUGCUCUUCAGACUCCUUCAAUGAGGACAUUGCAGUCUUUGCCAAACAGGUCCGAGCAGAAAAACCUUUAUUUUCAUCAAAUCCAGAGUUGGACAAUUUGAUGAUACAAGCCAUACAAGUAUUACGGUUUCACCUCUUGGAAUUAGAAAAGGUGCACGAGCUCUGCGACAAUUUUUGCCACCGGUACAUCAGUUGUUUGAAAGGAAAAAUGCCAAUAGAUCUAGUUAUUGACGAACGGGAUGGCAGCUCAAAAUCAGAUCACGAAGAACUUUCGGGAUCAUCGACCAAUCUCGCAGAUCACAACCCAGCUUCCUGGAGAGACCACGAUGACGCCACCUCCACACAUUCAGCCGGCACACCGGGGCCCUCCAGCGGGGGACAUGCUUCACAAAGCGGUGACAACAGCAGUGAGCAAGGAGAUGGCUUAGACAACAGCGUUGCAUCGCCUGGCACAGGGGAUGACGAUGAUCCAGACAAGGAUAAGAAGAGGCAGAAAAAGCGUGGCAUUUUCCCUAAGGUGGCCACAAACAUCAUGAGGGCGUGGCUGUUCCAGCAUCUCACGCACCCAUACCCUUCUGAAGAGCAGAAGAAGCAGCUAGCCCAAGACACGGGCCUCACCAUCUUGCAAGUAAACAACUGGUUUAUCAAUGCCAGGAGAAGAAUAGUACAACCCAUGAUCGACCAGUCAAAUCGAGCAGUGAGCCAAGGAGCAGCGUACAGUCCGGAGGGCCAGCCAAUGGGUAGCUUCGUGCUGGACGGUCAGCAACACAUGGGGAUCCGACCAGCUGGUCUGUCAGGCAUGCCAGGGGAGUACGUACCUCAGAGUGGUCCUAUGGGCAUGAGCAUGACCCCACCCACUUACACCAACCCUCAUCAGCUGACCUCUCACCCUUCCCAGCUCCGACACGGGCCCCCUUUCCAUGCAUACCUACCCGAUCAUCCCCACGUCCACCACACUCAUCACGCCAUGCUGAUGCACGGAGGACCCUCGUCGCACCCAGGAAUGACCAUGUCUGCACAGAGACCCCCUUUGCUUUCUCCCGUUGACCCCAGUACUGGAGGACAAGGCCUGGACAUCCAUGCCCAAUAGCAUAAGGGAACUUUGCUACGACAUCACAACAACAGCAGCUACUACAAGAAACCAAUAAGAAUAAAAAACAAACAGCAACCAACAAUAAAUCCUAUUUUGAGACUAUUUUUAAGAAUAAGAAGCAAACCCUUUUGACCAGAAUUUGACACGAACGAAACAGAAUUCCAGAUGAGCUGUGAUAAUUCUUUUUUUUUUUCUAACUUGUCAAUUUUGUUACUUUCAUCCAAACGGAGGACCAAGCUGACAAGAACACUUUGUAAAGUCUUGGGCUUUUGGUAAAGAUCAACAGAGGAUGUUUUGACAUACGUGUGCAAAGAACGGACAGACGCACCCGCUCGAAAAAAAAAAACAAAA